CAAUUUUCAAAUAAAUUGAAGAAUCAAAGGAAAUGUGUUGUGCACGUGUAAUUUUUCGGCUAAACGAAUAUUAAAAAUGGCAAAUUUAAUGGAAGUAUUAAUAACAUGUGAUUCUAAUAACACAUUGUGGACUUGUUGUGUAUGGGAUCCACAUAAUGGAACAAAUUUAAUGACUUACCGCGGCGGAGGGACAGCCGAACCUCGAACUCUUUCAUUUAUUGGAAAGGAUUAUUUAGCAGCAGUUGAAAAAACUAAACCUAUUCUGCACGUUUGGCCAUUAAACUCACAGCAGCCCUUGCAGGGUAUUCGUUUUAUUUUACCUGGUAAAGCGAGUUCUUUUGCGGUAUCGCCGGAUGGCGCUUAUUGUAUAGCGGGCAUCGAAGAAAAGAUAUAUUUAUGGCAAAUAUCAUCAGGAAGCUUACUCACAAUAUUAAAUCGCCACUAUCAGAGAGUCAAUCACUUAAAAUUCACAUCAGAUGGUCGAUUUUUUGUUUCAUCUGCUGAUGAUGGAAUGGUUAUGGUUUGGUCAUUAGCGGCUGUAGCUGUUAACCUCCAAAUAGAAUUAGUAACACAAUCAAUGGCUGGACAGCAUGAUCCUGUUUUUAUAUUUUCUGAUCAUUCUUUACCAGUCACAGACCUGUGUAUAAGUAAGAUGGGAAUGCAUGGACGUCUGUCCUCAGUAUCGAGUGACAGGACUUGUAAAAUUUAUGAUUUAUCAUCAGGGGAACUACUGUUGAAUUUAAUAUUUGAUGAACCACUAUCAUCUAUUUGUCUCGAUGUAUUAGAACUAAAUGUAUUUGUUGGCACAAUUGAAGGUAAAAUAUAUAAAUUUUCACUCACUAAUCCACCAAGAAACAGAGAUGUGUUGAUUAAUGAUAUUAUGAAUGCAGUAGUGUUCUCAUCACAUACAAAGGCUGUGAAUUGCUUAUCAGUGUCAUUGAAUGGAGAAAUAUUGAUGUCGGCUGGUUAUGAUGAGCAAGUAAUUCUGUGGCACAUAAAAAGCAGGCAACCAGUUAGAGUUAUUAAACAUAAAGGUCCUAUAACAAAUGCAUUCUUCUCACUUAAUUAUGAAAAGAUUUAUCAGCAGGAAUUUUUGCCACAGACUAUUAUUCAUAGCCUUGAAAGAACAUUGGAAAAGGAUAGUGAUGAUAUGAACGAAAUUGAAAUUUUGGUGAAUAAGAAGAUUGAGUUUUGGCCACAAUUUGAAGAAGUGUUUGAAAGUCGUACUCAAAAUACAGAAACUACAAUUAUACAUAAUAAUCACAUAAAAAGUCCGGAGUUAGAAGAUGAACUGAAAAAGUUAAGGAUAAUUAACAGUAACUUGUAUAAAUUAUCUAUAGAGAAGGUAAUAGCUACUAUUCCAGUUGCCAAUAAAUCAAAGAAAAAAAAGAAAAAGAAACAUUAAAUUGAUAUUUAUAAUAAUUAUAGCUUGCAUUUUUACUUAAUAAUCAUUGUUUAUAAAAAAUUGUGAUAUUUUUUAUGUAGGGAAAUACCUGCAGCAUAAUAAUGUUUUUUCUGAAUCUGGACUAUGUGUCUAUUUAACUUUGCAAUAUUAUUUGAGUAUUUUCCAAGCAAGAGUUUAAAUAAAUAAAUUUAAUCAAGCCAGUGAAAUUACUAUGAUUUA